CUGGAUGAAUCGAGGAGAUUGCCUUAAUGCUCCGUACCAGCAAAGACGCGUAUGGUCCCGACGGUUGGUGAAGCCACUAAACCCGAAUGUAGCCUGCAGGGCCCCACUCCCAAGCGGGUAAGCCGGAUUUUUAUUUUUAUUCUUUCUGCCUCUUGUUUUUUUCUGUCCCAUUCUUUUUUUGGUGUUGUGGUGUUUUUUCUUUUCUUUUCUUGUUUUUUCUUUACUUUGUUAUUCAGUAUCUCCCAUACUUCAAAGUACACGAGAAUGUAACUUAUUGUAUGCAGGCGAUUCAACCAGAGACAUCGCCAUGGACUGUUUUUUCAUUGCCUUUUCAUGGUGGCAGUAGUGCUUGAUUAUUAUCUACGAGUAUCUGGAGUCCAAUCUAUACUACGUACCUAC